CCCUCCCAGCCGCCCGCCCGCGCGUCCGACGCGGGGGCCGCCGCCGUCUCUGCGUCCGCCAUGCGUCCCGGGACGCCGGGGCCGCUGUGGCCACUGCCCUGGGGGGCCCUGGCUUGGGCCGUGGGCUUCGUGGGCUCCGUGGGCUCGGGGGACCCCGCGCCCGGUGGCGUGUGCUGGCUGCAGCAGGGUCGAGAGGCCACGUGCAGCCUGGUGCUGAAGACCGACGUCAGCCAAGCGGAGUGCUGUGCCUCCAGCAGCAUUGACACCGCUUGGUCCAACUUCACUCACCCGGGGAACAAGAUCAGCCUCCUGGGCUUCCUGGGCCUCGUCCACUGCCUCCCCUGCAAAGAUUCGUGCGAGGGCGUGGAGUGCGGCCCCGGCAAGGCGUGCCGCAUGCAGGGGGGCCGCCCGCGCUGCGAGUGCGCGCCCGACUGCGCGGGGCUCCCGGCGCGCCUGCAGGUCUGCGGCUCGGACGGCGCCACCUACCGCGACGAGUGCGAGCUGCGCGCCGCGCGCUGCCGCGGCCACCCGGACCUGCGCGUCAUGUACCCGGGACGCUGCCGCAAGUCGUGCGCGCACGUCCUGUGCCCGCGGCCGCAGUCGUGCGUGGUGGACCAGACGGGCAGUGCUCACUGCGUGGUGUGUCGCGCGGCGCCCUGUCCCGCGCCCUCCAGCCCCGGCCAGGAGCUCUGCGGCAACAACAACGUCACCUACAUGUCCUCGUGCCACCUCCGCCAGGCCACCUGCUUCCUGGGCCGCUCUAUCGGCGUGCGCCACCCGGGCAGCUGUGCAGGCGCCCCUGGGCCGUCAGACGCAGAGUCGGAGGAGGAGGAGGAAAACUUCGUGUGAGCCUGUGGGGUCGACUUGGGCCUGGCGUUCAAGGCCUCCCCGCUUUAUUUAUUGCCGCAGCCGAGUCUAAUUUAUGUCCCAUGGACGCUCCCCAGAGCCUGGACCGGGAGCCCCUGACGAUACUUUGGAAGGGUUGGGGGAGGAGGCCUGGGGCUGUGGCACGGAGCUGCCCAGGAGGACCCCCCGCUGCUUCUGCUCUAGGGGAUAACUUAAUUAUCGCUGCCACGGAGAGGGCUGGGGACUCACCCCUGCCGACAAUUAGUGAAGAAGCACCCCAGCCUUCUAGACUACAGACUGGGACUAAGGCCUGGGCGUGUAAGUGAGCCUCCGAACCUGCCCAGGCCUCAGACAGGCCGAGGAAGCAGCCGUGGUCCCCAGCCAGCUCGAGGACGGCCAGGGCUACCUGCCGUCCUGCCCUUGUUUCCCGAGUAUGUCCUGUGGUGGCCCCUUAGGAAAGCCCAGUUUGUCCCCUGGACAGGGUGAGGGGAGGGGCUGCUAUCUGUGUCUCCUGACACUGGCCUUGAGCCAGAGCGUUAUGUCCAGUGGUGCCCAGUGCACUUAGGGCAGGACCCCGUGGGCACAGGAGCCCCUGCUCACCCACAGGCCCUGGGGUGGGGUGUGUGUGCCAGGACCCACUCCGUGCCCUGCCUCCUGGAGCUGCAUGUCUGAGCGGAACACGAGUUUUGGCAGUCCCGUCCGCAGAUGAGGUCUGGAUCAGAACCCCUGGUCCCAUGAGACUGGUCCCGGCGGAGCCUCAGCCCAGUGCCCAGCCGGACCCUCCUCACCCUGCAGUCGGCUGGGGAGUCUUGACACCAGCCGGGUGCUGGCCUUGGGUAGAGUCUCUGCCUUCUGUCUGCGCUGUUGCUGGGCAAUCCCACCCCGUGUCUGUAUGGGGGCCAGAGGCUCAGGCCACACAUCAGGAGCCCCCAACAGGCAAGAGCACAGCUCCAAGUUUGGCGGGGAGACACACAGGGCCAGCUGUGCUCACCCUCCCCCAGCCCCUCAGAAGUGCCUUACCUGUGACCCUGAGAAGUGCCCUUGGGCUCCCCCAGCCUGGGGUCCUGCCUCACCAAAGAAAUAAAGACUCCAUUCCAGAGUGUCCAA